AUGCCUGCCACCAAGUUCGACAUCUGGGGUAUGCCCUUGCCUGUGGAAGGCUCCCAUUUUGAGGAAGACUACCCGCCGGAGGAAAGCUACCCGGAGGCCUCCUGGACGGGCGAUACCGAGGCCGGAUACUACUACGAGGACGGCUAUGAAUACGACGGAGAGGAGGACGCCGGCUUUCCCUGGCCGCCAGAGAACCGUGUGCCUGGGCCCAGCGGCCUGAAGUUCUUCAGGAGUAGCUACGACCUGGAGCUCGCGGACCCGAGCGGCAAAGACACCGUCAUCGUCAAGGUCGGCGCAGAACCAGAUGCCAGCACCUUUUGCCUGCCGGCCGCGGCGCUGCUGCAGACGUCCGAGUUCUUCCGCACCAAGCUGAAGCCGGUGUGGUUCGACCAGGAGUCGCGCACGGUUACGCUUGCCGACGUCGACCCAGCGGUCUUCGACCUCUAUGCCCGCUGGCUGGUCACCGGCGCCGAGAUCCUGGUCGACGAGGAUGACUGGAAAGCCGCGUACACGGAGUACAUCAAGUGGCGGCUGGAGGUGCAAGACGACAAGGAGCAGCACCAGGUGGAUGCGGGGAAGCAGAAGUGUCCGGUGACGGUGUGGGACUUUGGGCUCACAACGAAGGCGUGGUUUCUCGGCAACUUUUUGAUGAGCGCUGACUUCCAGAACCACUGCCUGGGCCUCCUGUACUACCUAAACCUCAGGUAUGACCACGUCGUGUACGAUCCAGAGUACUACGAGGAGGACGAUCGGGAGGACGCGACCUGGCACUGGGGAACGCUCGCUUAUUUGGACCUCGAAGACGUGCUGGACACCUGGGAGAUGACGGAGCACGACGAGGACAUGCGCCACCCCCUGCGGCUCUUCUACCGCGACUGGCUGAAGCGGUACUGGGACAGCUACCAGGUAUCAGACUGGGACUACAAGGCGCUGGAAGAUGCUGACGACCUCAUCGACCACUGUCCCGGGCUGGCGAAGGAGCUCUUUCGGGGAAUGUCCUACGGCAAAGGAGACCGCAGGCAGCACUGCAUGAAGACGCCCGCCGAAUACUGGGUCUCGGCAGAUUCCUACGAGAAGAGGGAGGAGUCGGUGGAGAUAUAUCGCCGUGCUCGUUACUCCGGGAAGCUCCCGCAUCGGCGGGAGAGUGUUUCUUUGGGCCCGCCGCAGUGGAACUCCGAGCCUGUGUGA